GGACGGAAGCAGCAGCGCCUGUCUUCGACGAGGAGGAUGAUGAAGAGGAGGAAGACUGCGUGAGACGUGUAAACACUCGCAAGAGUAAAACUUUUAGAGCUACGGAGACAUGAAGACGGUGUUUCUGACUGUCGGCACCACGAGCUUCGAUGAGCUUAUUGAAAGUGUCACGCGCUCUGAGGCAGCUCAGGCUCUAAAGGCUCGGGGGUAUGAGCGUCUGGUUCUUCAGGUUGGAAGAGGAUCCCUCCUUCCAGCUGCGGACAGCUGUCCUCACAUCCAACUGGAAGCCUUUCGAUUCAAAGACUCCAUCGCAGAGGACAUCAGACAGGCCGACCUCGUCAUCAGCCACGCAGGGGCAGGAAGCUGUUUGGAGGCUCUCGGAGCAGGAAAGCCUCUGCUGGUUGUCGUCAAUGACAAACUGAUGGACAACCACCAGCUGGAGCUGGCCCGACAGCUGCACGCCGACUCCCACUUGUUGUACUGCACAUGCAGCACUCUGACAGAAACUCUGAGCACCAUGGACCUCUCCGUCCUGCAGCCUUUCCAACCUGGACAAACAAAGAGCUUUGCUAACUUUCUUGACAAAGCGCUCGGUCUGAAGUGAAACUCUAACUUCAGUUGUUCUUAUUCUCGUAGGAUUAUUGUGUUGUUGUAAUUAUAAAUGUAUGUUGCACAUUAGACACUGCUGAGUGUCUUAUUUUUUCUAUUCAAUAAUACAUUUUAAUUCAAAAUCCUCUCUGUGUGAUGUCAAUUAUUUAAACAUUAACUAUGGAGUUUUGAAUUUUACCCAAAUUUUAAGAAACCUCUACGAUCCACAUGCUUCAUGACAUUAUGACACAUUUUUAUACAAUUAAUACAUUUUAUCUGAGUUGAUCCAAGCAGCCGAUUGGUGAACUCAAGUAGUGUGUCGAGGUCGAGCUUAAUGCUAGCUCCUAAUUUUAGACAAAACAACUUAUGGCAUCUUUUUUAUGAAGUCUUGAUGAUAAAGUGCAGCUAUCACCGAGAAUAGCUUCUAGAUAGUUUAUCUUUGAAGUGCGUUUUCAGAAAUGGCUUCAGACUUCACACUGCCUUGGUUUAUUUGUUUGAGUGUCGUUCAUUUGCUUGAUUUGUUGUAUGGAAGCGUCGCUGUAUGAUUUGCUUACAGAUUUACUUUUCUUUUUGGAUUGCAGGGUUUUUCUUCAGAAAUGUUUGUAAAAGUUGCUCGAUUUUGAACAUUUUUGGUAUGCAGUAUUUUUUCGGGGAGUUUUUUGGCUGGAAAACAGUGUGUGGUCCCCGAGCUAUAAUUAAUUUGACACUGCAGCGCUUCAAGAAUUUGCUGAGAGAAGUGAAUUUUACCACUUCUUGCCACCAGGGUGAAGUGAUGCUUAAAUAAUAUGGGUCAUCUUCGUUUGCCCUCCAGUAAUAAGUUCACGGCACUUCGUUUUCUCAAAACCACACUCAGUUUUUAGACCUGUUUCGGCGUUGCGUUUCACUCAAGCGAAAGCUUGAACUCAGAUUUCAUCUUUUUUCUGUGUCUGUGCAUUUCUGCACAUUCAGCGGGGAAAAAUAUUAACACUGAAAUCAUAUUUGUAUGAAAUGAGCCCCUUUCUACUCCAGAGAUCGGAGGCCGUCAAAGAAGGUCUUUGAUUGAAAUCGUUUUAAUUGCUGUGAGCUUUAAUGUCCCUUUAUUAAAGUCUUUGCAGAAGUCAAAUGAGUGAGCUCGUCCAACCUGUUUGGGGAGAAAUAUAAAGCUGUCGCUGGUCAAACUUUGCUGACUUGUCAAUUUUGUUUAAACUAGAAGUGGUUUUGUUAAACAGGAAGUGACGGGUGCAAAGCCACACGCACUGCAGCGUGCAGCUUUGACCCUUCAGCCUGUGAGUCAGUGAAGAUGUGCAAAAUAUGACUAUCAGCAACUUUGAUUCUCACCGAUCAUCUUUUUACUGCAUCUGACAGAAUUUGACAUGAAGCUCUUUUAUUCAUGUUAAAGACAAAAUACUACAAUUCUUCAUCAAACAAGCAUUUGAAACAGUUUCACACCCGAAGCCCUAACAUGUUGCAUUGGUCUGGAUUGUGAAUGCGCUGGAAGAGAUUUUGGAAAGUCCCUUGUGUUUGUGUGUGUGUGUGUGUGUGUGUGUGUGUGUGUGCGCGUGUGUGUUUGGACCAUUUCUGAUAAAACAGAAUUUGCUGUCAAGAGUGGCUGAGACGAACGCCUCUGUGUACUUUCUUUCUUGAGUCACAUGUGACCAACAUUAAGCUGAUAUUUCCGAAGAGCACAACAAGUGAAAUUUCAGUUUCUCCGUCUGUGGUCUCAGCAAACAGCUGUUACACCCAGUUCUUACCAGACACAGAUACGAAAAGGGAGUCAAGCCACAUGACACGCGGUUGAUUUAUUAACGGCAGCAUUGAACGGGAGCGACACAUUUAGUUCAGUUUGUUCACUGACAACACAGAAAAAUAGCCAUGAAACGUGCUUUUCUGUGUCAUACACAGCUUUCAGUCUUUCCUGAUUAAAUAUCUUUCUUGAUUUUUCUUUAUUAAAUUGUGGAUUGAGCAUGAAAUGUGACUGCAAAAAAAAAAAAAAAACAAACUUGUAGACAUUUGCUUC